AAGGAGAACAAGGAAGUAAAUCAUGUUGUAGUUUCUUUUAAACACAGCUUUUCUUCUUUACCUGUCCAGGUAGCCUCUUUUCUUUUCAGUCUUAAUGAGAACUUUUAAAUUUACAUUUCAAGUUUCUUUUCAAAGCAGUCGAGAACUGAAACAAAUGGGGAUUGAACUUCUUUGCCUGUUCUUUCUAUUUCUAGGAAGGAAGGAGCAUGCACAAGGUGGCUGUGCCAUGGGAGGUGCAGAAACCUGUGAAGACUGCUUACUCAUUGGACCUCAGUGUGCCUGGUGUUCUCAGGAGAAUUUUACCCAUUCAUCUGGAGUUGGUGAAAGGUGUGAUACCCAAGAAAAUCUUUUAGCUGAAGGAUGUCAACUAAACUUCAUCGAAAACCUUGUUUCCCAAAUAGAAAUACUUACAAAUAAGCCUCUCAGUAUAGGAAGACAGAAAAAUAGUUCUGAUAUUGUUCAGAUUUCACCUCAAAGCCUGACACUUAAAUUGAGACCAGGCAGUGAACAAACUCUACAUGUGCAAGUCCGUCAGACUGAGGAUUACCCAGUGGACUUGUAUUACCUCAUGGACCUCUCAGCCUCCAUGGAUGACGACCUCAACACAAUCAAACAACUGGGAUCCCUACUUUCCAAGGAAAUGUCUAAAUUAACUAGCAACUUUAGGCUGGGCUUUGGCUCUUUUGUAGAAAAACCUGUUUCUCCUUUUAUGAAAACAACACCAGAAGAAAUUUCCAACCCUUGUAGUAGUAUUCCAUAUUCCUGCUUGCCUACAUUUGGAUUCAAGCACAUUUUGCCUUUGACAAAUGAUGCUGAAAGAUUCAAUGAAAUUGUGAAGAAUCAAAGAAUUUCUGCUAAUAUUGACACACCUGAAGGUGGAUUUGAUGCAAUUAUGCAAGCUGCUGUGUGUAAGGAAAAAAUUGGCUGGCGGAAUGAUUCCCUCCACCUCCUGGUUUUUGUGAGUGAUGCUGAUUCUCAUUUUGGAAUGGACAGCAAACUGGCAGGCAUUGUCAUUCCUAAUGAUGGGCUCUGUCAUCUGGACAGCAAGAAUGAAUACUCCAUGUCAACUGUCUUGGAAUAUCCAACAAUUGGACAACUCAUUGACAAAUUGGUGCAAAAUAAUGUGUUACUGAUCUUUGCUGUAACUCAAGAACAAGUUCAUUUAUAUGAGAAUUAUGCAAAGCUCAUUCCUGGAGCUACAGUGGGGGUACUUCAGAAGGACUCUGGAAACAUUCUCCAACUGAUCAUCUCAGCCUAUGAAGAACUACGGUCUGAAGUGGAACUAGAAAUACUAGGAGACACAGAAGGACUCAACCUAUCAUUCACAGCUAUCUGCAGUAAUGGAACUCUCUUCCCACACCAAAAGAAAUGUUCUCACAUGAAGGUGGGAGACACAGCUUCAUUCAAUGUGACUGUGAGCAUACCCAACUGUGAGAGAAGCAGGCACAUUGUCAUAAAACCUGUGGGGCUGCAGGAUGCCCUAGAAAUACUUGUCAGUCCAGAAUGCAACUGCAACUGUCAGAAAGACAUGGAAGUGAACAGCUCCAAGUGCCACAAUGGGAAUGGCUCCUUCCAGUGUGGGGUGUGUGCUUGCAACCCUGGCCACAUGGGUCCUCGAUGUGAAUGUGGAGAGGACAUGAUGAGCACAGAUUCAUGCAAGGAGGCCCCAGAUCAUCCCUCCUGCAAUGGAAGGGGUGACUGCUACUGUGGGCAGUGCACCUGCCACUUGUCUCCCUAUGGAAACAUAUAUGGACCUUAUUGCCAAUGUGACAAUUUUUCCUGUGUGAGACACAAAGGGUUGCUCUGUGGAGGUAAUGGUGACUGUGACUGUGGUGAAUGUGUGUGUAGGAGUGGCUGGACGGGGGAGUACUGUAACUGCACAACCAGGACAGACUCCUGCAUUGACCAAGAUGGGGUGCUCUGCAGUGGGCAAGGGGACUGCGUUUGUGGCAAGUGUGUUUGCACAAACUCUGGAGCCUCAGGACCAACCUGUGAAAGAUGUCCUACUUGUGGUGACCCCUGUAAUUCUAAACGGAGCUGCAUUGAAUGCUACUUUUCUGCAGAUGGCCAACCUCGAGAAUGUACUGAGAAAUGCAAACUGGUUGGUGCAACCAUCAAUGAAGAAGAAGAUUUCUCAAAGGAUAGUUCUGUUUCUUGUUCUCUGCAAGGAGAAAAUGAAUGUCUUAUUACAUUCCUAGUAACUACAGAUAAUGAGGGGAAAACCAUCAUUCACAGCAUCAACAAAAAAGACUGUCCAAAACCACCAAACAUUCCCAUGAUCAUGUUGGGGGUUUCACUGGCUAUUCUACUUAUUGGUGUUGUCCUACUAUGCAUUUGGAAACUGCUGGUAUCAUUUCAUGAUCGGAAAGAAGUUGCCAAAUUUGAAGCAGAACGAUCAAAGGCCAAGUGGCAAACAGGGACCAAUCCAUUGUACAGAGGGUCUACCAGUACCUUUAAAAAUGUGACUUAUAAACACAGAGAAAAACAAAAGCUGAACCUUUCCACAGAUGGAUAGAACUAAUUCACAUAUGGGAAAAGUAUGCUGCACUGAUAUGAAAUGUCAAUUUACUCUUUUAAGUUUUCUUUAGUUGUUGCUUCAAUAUGAAGUUGGCUUAAGAUAAUUACAGGUCAUUUAGAAAUCAGUUAUUUUCUAUAUGAAGGUUAAAAACUAUGUUGGCAUGUUCAAAAUAAUCAAGAAGAGAAAUAUCCUUAACAAAAAGGUGACUUUAGGAAUCACUUGAGGAAUAUUAACUCUGUUGCAUUAAUGCUUCAAAAAAAACCUCAAAAUGGUUCAUGGGGGCCGGAUUUGCAUUUGAAAAAUGCUUGAAAUUAGAAUUUCAUCUGUUGUAGCAGUACAGUUACCAUAAAUUCCAUAUGUUUACAUUAAGUGCUUAUGUUUGCUAAUUAUCUAUACACAUAUAGAAAAUAAAUUUACCCUUUCCUUAAGGAAGUAUUUUAAAAUCUAAAAUAAGAGAGCAGAUUCCUAACUUACUUCAGCUGAGGGGAAGCAGUUCUUCUAAGGAUGCCCCAAAUGUAAGAAUUAAAAUUAAAUGGUAAUAAUUUCUUUGGAUUUAUAAGAACCUAAAGUUAAAUAUAUAGUAUUUUCUCUUCUUCACAAGUGAGAAAGAGGUAGUUUGUAAAUUUAAAAGUCACUCAUAAAAACAAAAUUAACAAGUCUGUUAUUUAGUUUGUUAUUACUAGAAAAAUAAAUUUCUAUACUCAGCAUCCAUAUUGAUCCUGAGUUUUCAAACUUCAUUCUUUAUUUCUCCCCUUCUCAAUCUAUUUUACAAAGUUUCACAGAUUUCCCAACCUUGCAAUCAUCAUGUGGAGUCUUGAUUACUUGUUAGAUAAUUAAAUGAUUAGAUAGCUUAUUCUAAAAUAGCACUAAUUACACAAAAGUAAUAUGGGUUAAACAGAAUAACAUUGUAAAUAGUUUUUUAAUCAAACAGAUCAAGAGUACUUAAGUCUUCACAAGCAGUAUGUUUUAUAUAUAUGUGUGUGUGUCUGUUAUUUUCUCAUUUGCAUAAUUCGACUUGUACAUUUUAGUUGCAUAUAGUGACUAUACAUCAUGUAUUUACUUUAAAAGUAAGAUCUUAUUUGCUAUACUUUGGAUAAUUAGGAUCCAUUAGUUUUUUGGAAAGAUGAACCCCAUAGAAUAUACUUUCUUAUGACUGAUACAUCUUUUCAGGCUUUUAUCUCAUUUGAUCUUCAUAAAGAAACUAAGAUUCAAGGAGUAAAUAGAAGAGAUGACUUCAGAGUAAGAUCUUCUGAUACUAAACUAUGUUUUCUUUCAACGGUACAAGACUGACUCUUGCCAGUAAAAUGACUGGAUGAUUUUAGUUAAUUAAGUUAGUAUUAUUUGUUUGAAAAUGCACUGAGAUGAAACAUAUAACAUUCAAACUACUGGAACAAGGAUUGCAUAUUGUACUUUUAUGCAAUUAUUCUUGGGAUAAGUAUAAUGAAUAGUUCAUUAAAUAAUGAAGGUUUCAUGUUUAUUCAUUGAGUUGGCACAGAGUAACCUAUGAUAUUUCUUCACUUCUACCAGGUAGAGUUGUACGUAUAUGAUCACUUAGAGACUUUUCCCCCUGAUUUCUAAAUAACUCAGGUAAAUUAGACAUCUGGGGAGUAAAUGACAUUAAAUGAACUACUAAAUGCAAUGGA